AUGUCAAAGAGAACGUUAUCAACAUCGUCUUCAUUUAUAAAUAAGUUGUAUACAUCUCCAUUUAAAAGAAAUACAACAACAAUAACAACAACAACAACAAAUGAAUAUUCUCCUAUAAUUCCAAUUUCUUUAAGUUUCGAUAAUGAAUCAACAACAAGUAAUAUUCCACCUCCUAGUAUUAGUUCAAGUAAGAAAUUCCAUUUUCAGUCUCCUUUGGAAACCAAAAAAUAUACAGAAUCAAAAUGCUGCUUUUGUCAUGAUUUAUUAAGCUUAAUCUUACCUGGUGAAAUUGUAUUACCAUUGAUAUGUGAUCAUGUAUGUCAUAAAAAUUGUUUUAUAUUAAUGUUGAAUAAAAAACAAUUGGAUAAGUUGCCCAUUUGUGGAAUUUGUAAAUUACCUACUAAAUGUUAUGAUGAUUUAGUUUAUCAAAAUAUAAUAGAAAAUAUUCAUUUACAUCAAGAGAUUGAAAUAGAUAGUAAUAAGCCACUACCACCACUACCACCACUACCACCGCCAUCACCACCACCAAAUUUAUCACGACCAGUAACUCCAAAAAAACAACAAAAGCAUAAAUUUAUAACUUCCCAUUUAGAAACACCUCCGAAAAUUGAAAAAAAUGAUUUAAAUGUAUAUCAACCAAUUAUUGAAUUUGAAGAAAUAUCUAGAAAUAAUAAUGAAAUUGAUUAUCAAAUGACUAUUAAACCGCCAUUGAUAUUUAAUCAAGAUUCAAAUUUAAAUUUAUAUGAACUACAAUUAAAAGUUAAAAUUUCAAAUUUCAUUAAAAAGAAUCUUCAUUUACAAAGAGAUUUAGGGGAAUUAAUAUGUUUUGAUAAUUUAAAUAUUUCAAUUGAUGGUUUAAAUUUUGAAAAUUCAAUUGUUUAUUUAUUUGAAAAUUAUUUAAUUUUUUAUGAUUUAAAUGAUUUACCAUUGGGAAUGAUUCAUAAAUCUGAUUUUUGUAAUUUGAAUUUAAUUGAAGAUAAUAUAUUGUGUUUAAAUCUUUGUAAAGAAAGCUUACCAGAAUUAUACCUUCAACAUGAAUUUAAUAAUUUAAUAAUUUCAAAAUGGGAAUAUUUAAUAAAUUCAAUGAAUGAAUCAUUACAUACAAAUUUAUAUCAAUUUACAUCUACAAUGUGGAUAAAGUAUAAAGAAGUUUUUCAAAUUUCAAAAGAUUUAGUUAAAUUUAAUCAGUUAAUUUUACAAAAUUAUGAAAUUCCAAAUAAAUAUUUAAUUAAAAUAUUACCACCUCCAAAAAUGUUAAAAAUGAAUUUAAUAAUAUCUAUUUCAUUAAUUAAUUUAACAGAAUUGUCAGAUUUGGAAUAUAAAAUGAAUUUACAAGAAUUAAUCGAAAAAGUAAUUUCAAAUCUAGGUAAGUUUGAUACAUUAUCAAUUAUAUUUAUAGGAAUUGAUAAUAAUAGAAAACUGAAUAGUUCAGGUAUUUAUAUUGGACCAAUUGAAAAAAAUUGGCAAGGAUGGAAAGAAAUAAUUGAAGAUAUUGAAAUUUUACCAAAUUGUUUAAUGGAUAAUAAUCAUGAAUUGAAUCUAAGUAUUGAAAAAUGUAUUGAAUUGUUACCAUUUAUAAAUAAAGACCAAUGUAUUAAUAAAUUUAUGAUAUUUACUUCAUCAAAUUAUGAGGAUGAUGAUAUAACUAAUUUCAAUUAUAACAAUUUUAAUAAAUUAAAUGAAAUUAUAUCUGUUAAUUUUAUCAGUAUAGACAAUAAAAUCAAUUUUGUUCCAAAUGUGAUUUCAAAAUCAAGUUUUGAUCAUUUAUUAUCAACAUUAUUAAGUUCAUCAAUUCAAGAAUUUAAAGAAAUAUGCAUACCUGAUUUAAAAAUAAAUAUUAAUACAAAUAAAGGAGUUAAAUCAUCUUCAAAUAUAUAUAAUAUUAAAAAUCUUUCAAUUACUAAUGAAAAGAAAUUAAAUGUCAAAUUUAAUAUUGAUGAUAUUUUCGAUUCAAAUUUACCAUUAUUUGAAUAUAAUUGUUCAUGGUUUAAUGAUACAAAAUUUAUAAAUUCAACUAAAAUAAUGACUAGAAGACAACCAUGUUCAUUUAAAUUACCUCAAAUUCCCUUAACUCCAAAUAAUAAUGAUUAUGAUGAUGAUGAUGAUGAAAUUGAUAUUGAUAUAAGUAUAAAAUGA